CUCUCCUCCUCCUCCUCCUCCUCCUCUCUCUCUCUGCGUGGGGAUCGAGCUUCACUCUUCCACAGGCUUCAUGUCUGACAGCACAGAGACGAGGACAGAGACAAGAGUGGAGACAAGGAGAAGCAGGGAAGUCUCUUGUGUGACUGACUUUGAUUUUGUGAGCGCGUGACGCGGCGGGAAACUUUGUGUCCAUGUCACAGCUGAGGACAGGUCAGCUCACUCUUCUUCAGGCUGCAGCGGCGCGAGACCCACUCUUAAUUCUCCACGGAUUAAUUUAAGCAGAACACACACACACCGGAAACACACAGGGCGUGGUUAUGGACUUUAACCUGCUGACGGACAGUGAAGCUCGCAGUCCUGCUCUGUCUCUCUCAGACUCUGGGACGCCACAACACGACCAGGGAUGUAAAGGACAAGACAACAGCGACACAGAGAAAUCGCACCACAACCAGCUGGACGAGUCCAGCGCCGACGACAGCUCCCUGAAGAAGAAGCAGCGGCGGCAGAGAACUCACUUCACCAGUCAGCAGCUGCAGGAGCUGGAGGCCACGUUCCAGAGGAACCGUUACCCGGACAUGAGCACGAGGGAGGAGAUCGCCGUGUGGACCAACCUCACCGAGGCCAGAGUCAGGGUUUGGUUUAAGAACCGUCGCGCCAAGUGGAGGAAGCGGGAGAGGAACCAGCAGGCGGAGCUCUGCAAGAACGGCUUUGGCGCGCAGUUCAACGGACUCAUGCAGCCGUACGACGACAUGUACACGGGCUACUCGUACAACAACUGGGCCACCAAGAGUCUGGCCAACAGCCCGCUCUCCGCCAAGAGCUUCCCCUUCUUCAACUCCAUGAACGUGAGCCCGCUCUCCUCGCAGCCCAUGUUCUCGCCGCCCAGCUCCAUCCCCUCCAUGAACAUGGCGUCCGGCAUGGUGCCGUCCGCCGUCGCCGGAGUCCCCAACAACCUGGGCAACCUCAACAACCUCAACGGCCCCGCCGCCGCCGCCGCCGCACUCAACACGGUGGCGGUGACGGCAGCCACGUGCCCGUACGCCACCACCGCCAGCCCCUACAUGUACAGAGACACCUGCAACUCCAGCCUGGCCAGUCUGAGGCUCAAGGCCAAGCAGCACACCAACUUUGCGUACCCGGCAGUUCAGAACCCGGUGUCCAACCUGAGCCCCUGCCAGUACGCAGUGGACCGGCCAGUAUGAAGACGCUCCGCCAUGGUCGCCCCCGACGCAGCCAAUCAGCUGCGAGUCGACAGCCCCCCCGCCCCCCCCUCCUCCACUGACUUCACUCAACUCUCCAGCUCCAUCUCUAGGCAAGCAGAUGCGCUGCAGACUGGCAGAACAGGGUUCUUUUGGGGGGCGGUGCAAAAAAAACGGACGACGCACCGUCACUUCUGACGGAGACUGAACUGAGCAGCUGCUUCAAAGGAGUUCAAAGAUUAUCAUCCGUGAUCAUUUCCCCCCUCCCCCUGCCCCUCCCCCUUCUUUUGAACUGCAUGAUUAGAGUAACUGUAGAAACUAAAGGGUAAAAAAAAACACGGGACAAGAACAUGAGAUAUGGUCUUUGCUGCUGUUGCAGUAAAAAGGGACCUGUGGUUACGACGGCGAGGUGCCGAGGUUGUAUAUAUAUAACGGACUUUUUCUGUUUUGUAUGUGACAAAAAAAUAAUUACGAUGAUAAAAAUGUAGAACUUUAAAGAUGAGAGAAAGCAUGUUCUUCAAAAACGCAAACAAAGGCUCGUAAGAGUCAGAAAGUUCUGCUGUUUUUAAGUGUGGUUAUGCGAGUCACUGACACGCGUAGCACUGUGAGCGCCCCCUGCUGCCGAGAACCAGCCUCGAUCUACAGUCACUUUAAGUCUGCGAUUUCUUAAGAACGUGUUCACGUCUUUCUCUCACUGUUAGACAGGAAACUGAAG